CUUGCUCCUCGAUACGACGGGAGCAUGUCCCGGCGACGAGUGUCUACUCGGAAUACUCGAGGAGGACACCCUUUCGAGAACCACGUCAAAUAUACUGAUCAGGACGACUCUGCGAGCGACAAUAACAUUAUGGACCCACAGAGUUCCAACUAUCAGCCUGACGAAUAUCAGGACGAAGGAGCCUCGAAGUCGGAUAUCAACAUCGAAGCCAACCCGAGCAAUAAUGACCCAAUACCACCAGAGGGUGGCCUCCAGCUGGGAGGUGGCCAAACAAUCAAACUCAUGCUCGUCCCCGACAAGGUCCAUGCACCGGCUGCUCCUCGAAAGAAGAAAGAAAAGCCACACCCCCAGGCCAAGAUGACCAAGUUUUGGGACAAUUUCAACCCCGAGUAUCAAGGAAAAGUUACCCGGAUUCUGCCUGAGCGCAUGACCGACAAGAAUUUGUCUCUGUCAAAGCUGGUGGGUGAGAUUGCUCACCGGGCCACAAAUUCAUACGAGCUCGCCAAGGAGAAGUGCAUCCGGGACGUCAAGAGAAUCAUAAGGGAGUGCCGGGACGCAAAUCAAAAGUAUACCGAUCCUCACUUCGACAUAGAACGAGAUUUGAAGAUCACCAGAGCUCGAGAUUGCUUAGAUGGCUUGGUCGUCAACGAUGGUGAUAAAGAAUAUCCGGCCGACGUGAAACGUGUCACUGAGAUAUUUGACAAUCCCAAAUUCUAUGUCGAUGGUGUCUCGUACGAUGAUAUCCUUCAAGGUUCAGCAGGUGAUUGCUGGUUUUUGGCUGCUGUAUCGGCGCUCUCAUGCAACCAAAAGUUCAUCGAGCGCGUCUGUGUGAUCCAAGAUGAAGUUGUAGGAGUGUACGGUUUCGUAUUCCAUCGAGAUGGCGAGUGGCACCAAUGUAUCAUCGACGACAAACUAUACCUUCGAGCCCCCAAUUACGAUGAAAGUGGAGACGUCGUGCUUGGACAAUAUGGCGUCCGCCGCAACAACCAAGAAGACCAAUAUCAAGAAUUGUUUCAGAGGGGUUCCCAAGCGCUAUACUUUGCGCAGUGCCGCGACCAAAACGAGACAUGGGUCAGCUUACUAGAGAAGGCUUAUGCCAAAGCACAUGGCGACUACGCCUCGAUCUACGGGGGCCAAAGUGGAGAGGCCCUGGAAGACAUAACGGCAGGAGUGACGUCCGAGAUCUAUACGACCAACAUCCUCGAUACCAAUGCUUUCUGGACCGACGAACUCUCUCGAUGCGGCAAGACGGAAGAUUUUGUCUUCUCCUGCGCGGCGGCCCGCUGGCGAGAAUGGCGCCCUUACCUCGUUGCGAAUGAGAAGGUUCGCGAAGAAAGACGGUCGGGGAUCGUCUCUCAACACGCGUACGCCAUUCUGGACACGUACGAAGGUCAUGGUGAGCGCCUCGUGAAAAUUCGCAACCCAUGGGGUCGCAAGGAAUGGACCGGUGCUUGGUCCGACGGCUCCAAGGAGUGGACCCCUGCAUGGCUGUCACGAUUGGACCAUCAAUUUGGCGACGACGGUAUCUUCUGGAUGACGUACAAGGACAUGCUCAGCAAGUACAAGUAUAUCGACCGUACCCGAAUCUUUGGGCCCGAGUGGCACGUCGCACAGCAGUGGUUGUCGGUUCAAGUGCCUUGGAGCACUCUCGACUACCAAACUAACCAUUUCUCCAUCGACGUGCCUGAAGACACCGAAGCUGUAAUAGUCCUGUCACAACUCGACGAUCGAUACUUUAAAGGACUUCAAGGGAAAUACAAUUUUACUCUUCAGUUCCGUGUCCAGAGGGACGACUCAGAGUCGGAUGAUGAUGAUGAUGAUGAUGAUCAUGAUGCUGGGAAUUAUAUCUCACGGAGCAAGUUGAAUUAUGAACUCGUUCGUUCCGUCAACGUCGAGGUCCCCCUGUCCAAAGGCACAUAUUCGGUACUCGUGAAAGUGGAGGCCGCGUCUACAUCGCGUGACGACGUCGAGACGAUCAUUCGCCAAAACAUCCAUCGAAGAGAUAAAAUCACACAGAUUGGUAAGCUUUACGAUUUGGCACAUCAAAAAGGUCAACUUCCGGGCGUGUCUUCCGCCGGAACCUCGUUGUCACCUUCGGGAACGAGCACACCAGGUGCUAGAGUCGCGCCGGAAUCGCCAAAACCAGCAGCUACUACACCCGCGGCAGAGGCAGAAACGGAAAAGACCAAAGAGGAGGAAGAAGAAGAAGCCGAGGAAAAGAAGGAUCCGAACCGGAAUCCGUGGAACGCAAGCUGUAUUGUCGGUUUGCGAGUGUACAGCAGGCAACCCGACCUCGGCCUCAAGGUUGUGGUACCCUCCGAAGAGGAGGAUACCGAGACAGCGACAAAACCGCCGACGCUCGACAGGGAUGAUGUCGCCAAGAGUGCCCUCGACGAGGUACAAGCUGCCGCAGCAGACAAAAAGAUCGAGGAGGAGGAGGAGGAGGAGCCGGUCAAAGGAGAUGAUAAUACUAAUAACCAGGAGCCACCAGCGGAAAGGACCCAAGAGUCAACCACAUCUAGAAAGAAAGUCAGACUGAAUCUGGAUAGUAGGAGUGUUGACGAGGAACAAAAAGACAAUAAUGGAGAAGCAUCAUCGUCGUCGUCUGAUGAAGAAAGCAGUCAUGCGUCAUAUGAUGGAUGAUUGAUUAGCUUCAAAAACUGCGGCGAGGAAAGGAAAAGGGUAGUCGUCCACAUCUACUAUAUACCUAGGUGUACAAGUAGGUACGGGGUAAAAGGGGACAUCCAAAGAGAACACGGCGGCGGCUCACAAGAGGAUCAAUAUUUCGUGUCUCUACAGCGGCCCUCCUCGACCAUGAUGACCUAGGUAAACACUUUUGGAUGGUGCAAAGGACAUUUGAUAUUUUUUGGGUUGUUUUAUUUUGGCGCAACAUAUAUGGUGGUG